GUUGACAUCGCAUGGAAGUCUCGGAGUAAAUAUCCGCUGUUAGCCGAUCAACUUUAGAAAUUUGAAGAAAAAUGUCUUUCAGAGGAGGAGGUGGACGAGGAGGGAGAGGAGGUGGAGGCGGAGGAUUUAACCGAGGUGGAGGAGGCAGAGGAGGCGGAUUUGGAGGAGGCAGAGGAGGCGGCAGAGGUGGUGGAUUUGGACGUGGUGGCGGCAGAGGUGGUUUUAAUAGACAACAAGACUACGGUCCUCCAGAGUAUGUCGUCGCUCUGGGGGAGUUCAUGCAUCCAUGUGAGGAUGACAUUGUGUGCAAGUGUACAACAGAGGAAAACAAAGUUCCUUACUUCAACGCUCCGGUGUACUUGGAAAACAAGGAGCAGAUCGGGAAGGUGGACGAGAUAUUCGGCCAGCUCCGGGACUUUUAUUUUUCAGUCAAGCUUUCUGAAAACAUGAAGGCGUCCUCAUUUAAGAAAAUGCAGAAGUUUUACAUAGAUCCAAUGAAGCUCCUCCCGCUGCAGAGAUUCCUGCCCAGGCCGCCAGGAGAGAAAGGCCCACCCAGAGGAGGCAGAGGCGGCCGAGGUGGAGGAAGAGGAGGUGGUCGUGGAGGUGGCGGUUUUAGAGGUGGCCGCGGUGGAGGCGGCCGCGGUGGAGGGUUCGGAGGUGGACGAGGUGGAGGAGGUUUCAGAGGAAGAGGAGGUGGAGGAGGACGUGGAUUCAGAGGUGGGAGAUGAUCUGACAGUGAUGGUCUGGUGUGACGGUCUCAUCACUGUCUUAUGCUACACAAGCAGAAAGGCUGUGCCGGUGUCUGGCCUGAUGGACUCAGAAUAUGGACAUUGCCUCUAUUUGUAGAGCUUGAAUGGAUUUUCCCUCCUUGUUUUGUUUUUGUACCAUUUUUGGAAAUGUGAUGGAUGAUUUUUAUUGAAAAGGUUCACGUGUAUGCUUGUGUGUAACACGAUGGGGACCUUUCAGCCUGUUAGGAAGUUAUUGGGUCCAUUUGUGAUGCCACGACAGAACUUUGUAUUUUGAUUAAGUUUUCAAAAGAUACAUUCAAACUCCAUGUUUUAUUUUCUGUCGAUAGGAGGAAAUGUGUGAGAAAACUUUAUAUGCUGGUAGUUGAAAAUAUUUUUAAUACCCAUAAUUUGCAAAAUCUUAAACUCAAAUGUUGUCACAUUCUUGUUUAAGGCCUUGAUUAAAAGGUGCUUUGUAA